AUGGUCGCUACACGUCGCGGUGCGAAGAAAGCCCCAGAGGUCGCCUCUGCGCCCUCCAACACACUCAACGCCCCUCCCAAGCGCGGCGGCAGGAAAAAGGCAGUCGACGAGAUCGAUGAACUCGCGCCUUCCCCGAUCCAACCCACAAAGACAACCGCUGUGAAGCGCAAGGCCAAAGCUGAGCCCGAAGAUGCCGAGCUCCCUGUGGCUAAGAAGACGGUCGCCACAAAGACAGCGCGCACAGUCAAGGUCCAGACGAAAGCAGCCGUGUCUGCUCCAGCGACAAGGGCGACGCGUGGUCGCAAGGCCGAGGAGCCUGCCGCCGCAGAGGAGCCCGACACCGCUGAAGAGGCACCUAAGCCAACAGCUACCCGUACACGCAAGAUCGCGGCUGUAAAGAAGGCGCCUACGCCAAAAGCCCAGACGCCUACUAUUACCGAGGAGCCAGCUGUCGAAGAAGCACCCAAGCCAGCAACAAGAGUACGCAAAGCACCUGUGCCAACAAGGAAGGCACCCGCCACCAAGAAGAGCGAGCCUGCGGUCAUCGAGAAGACCGUCGCCAGUGAGCCAGCUAAGCCAGCAACCCGCACGCGCAAGCCAGCAGUACCCAAAGCCUCAGCAUCCGCUCCCGCUCCUGUCAUCGCACCCAGAGCUACGCGCGGUCGCAACGCCCCCGUCGUUCCACAAGAGUCGCCCCUCAAGGCGCCGGCCCGCAAGCCUACAAAGAAGACUGCUGCUGUUCCCAAGGCGAAGGCUGAGCCUGAGCCGGUCGUUGAAGCAGUUGAGGAGCCAGUUGCUGAGGUAAUUGAAGAGCCAAUCGUCGAGGCAGUCCAAGAGCCGAUCGUCGAGGCAGUACAAGAGCCAAUAGUUGAGGCAGUCGAAAAUGUAACCAUGGAGGUAGAAGAGCCAGUUGCUGAGGCAAUUGAAGAAGCAGUCGUUGAGGCAGUCGUUGAAACAGUCGAAGAACCCGCCAUGGAGUUGGUAGAAGAGUCUGUUGUUGAGGCUGUCGAGCAACCCUUUACAGAGUUCCCCGGCUACCCUACAACACCUACACACAUCACUGCCCCAAUGACCUCAAGGGAAGCUAUCGCUGAACUUCCCGGCCGCCCGACUACCCCCUCCCACAUCCUCGCGCCUCUGUCGAACAAGGAGGGCCUUGCAGAACUCGCAGGAUACCCCACGACACCUGCACACAUCACUGCACCCCCCGUAGCCGCCACGCAGGAGAAUAAAGUCGAUGUCGCCGAGCAUGAGUACAAUGACGUCGCCAUGGAGGAUGUUGAGGAGGAUGAGCCGGCUGAGCAGGAUGAAGCCUGUCAGGCUUCGACAGCUGCUGAGAGUGAGGAUCAUGCCGCAGUAGAGGUGCCAGGAGGUCCUCAGCACGUUGAGUACCCUCGCAUCGACGAAGGGGAAAACCACGAGGACCUCCAGGCUACCGUGGACGUCUCCUCCACACCCGCUGCAAAGACUCCUGUAUCUGUCCAGCCAAAUACUCCUUACCCGGCCGCGACACCCAUGGAUGAGUCAAUUGUCGACAUUCCUGGCACUCCUCCCGCGCAGAUCGUCUGGGGCGUGACCGACCAAGAAGCAUUCGAGGAGCUUCCUGCGGCAUAUCCUACCACACCAGCCCAUAUCUCCGCUCCUGUCACCUCCAAAGUAGCAUUGGCCGAGCUGCCGGGUUACCCCAAAACGCCUGCUCACAUCAAGGCACCGAUGACUCCUUGCCGCGCUCUUGCUGAGUUGCCCAAUUAUCCCACCACACCAAGCCUAGCGCUUGAGGCUGCUCUCCAGGAAGAGAUUACCCGCUCGGUCAAGAAGCAAACACCAUCUCCUGUAAGAUACCCGGCUCUAAAACAUGAUUCAUUCGAACUCGAGGAGCCGAGCGAGAUUGCCGACAUCAGCGAGGUUACCGAGGUCAGCGAUCUCAGUGAGGUUGCUGUUGCGGACACGACUGUUGAACCUUCUCCAUUUGUAACCAGGCCAACUGUGCAACUGGCUCCACUCAAACUUGCACCCACUUUUGCAGCACCUGAGCCAGCUUCACCGAAGAAGUCCGCCUUGCGAUCACCUCAGAAGGUCAUGGACGCUAAGACCCCGAAGAAGACUGUUGCUUGGACCGAUGUACAAGCGGACGAGAGCGACCUGUUCCUCUAUGAUGGCAUCCUCCAGGGUAUGGUUUUCUACGUCGACGUCACGAGCAACGGCAGGGAGCAAAACUUCUUGUUCCGUGGUCUGCUCGAGGAUCUCGGCGCGAAGGUAGUCCAAGACAUAUCGCAUGCAUCUCUGAGCCACAUUCUCUUCAAGGAUGGAAGCAUGUCUACACUGGAGAAGUGCCUUGAAAGCAAGGGAGCCAUCAAGUGUGUCAAUGUUGGGUGGGUGUUGGACAGCGAGUCGAACAAGAAGCGUAUGGAUGAAGAGCAUUACCUGGUUGACCUCUCGGUUGCAAAGCCAGCAACUCCUCUCCCCACAACGGCGGCAAAGCCCUUCACACCUUUCAAGACUCCUUCCAAGUACGCGCUGCCUCCUUCAUCUCAGUGCAAGAUGCCCAGCACACCAACAAGCUCCGAGUUCGAUCGCUCUUUCAACGACGAUAAAGAAAACUGCGAGGUUGGCAUGUUCUUCGACAACGAUAAGAGCCCUCUCGCACCUCGCACUGCUCCUAUUAAAAAGUCGUCUUUCCUGUUUGGCAGGUCAGCCAUCAAGACCCCAUCCAAGUCCAUUUUCCUUGGAGCCACACCCUCGAAACCGGCCUUCUCGGCCGUCAAGCCUGCUCCUCAGGCCUUCACCACUGUCAAGAAGCGCCCAGCAGAAUCCUCCUUCUUCAAUAGCUCCCUUGGCCCGCCAAAGAAGUUGCGUCUCUUCUAG